CCGGAUGCGGACGGUGAUAGCCUGGCCCUGCUCUGCUCUUCGUCUUGGUCCCAGCUGGCAGACUCUCCAGCUCAGGGGGGUUAUUAUUCUUGGCGGUGUCCUGGACUUUGUACCUGUCCCCGCCUGAACCGUGUCCCACCUAUCACAGACUCUUCUUGCAGGUGCAAGUGUCACCCGAUGACGGUUCUGACCCCACCAGGAUCUCUGCGGGGUCGCGGGUUGGCAUGGGGAGCUGGGAAACCUCCGAAUGUGGCGGCUGUCCCACCUCGGGACGCUGCGGGGACCAAGCCGUGAACCAGCGGCGAGCAGCGACAUCCAGAAGCGUUUUGGCUUUGUCGGUGUGAGAAGCUCGGGCUGUUUGUGCAUCCAGGCUGCCCAGCCGGCACCGCGGGCUGAACCAGCACCCGGGACGUCACGGGGCACCGUCACACUGUGUGACGCAGCCUGGCAUGGAGGAAUGCCCCGUGGUUUCGAUCCCAUGUGAGCGCUGAGUUGCCUCGGAGGGCGUCCUCGCCCGGCGCUGACUCAGCGAGCAGCAGCCGCCGCAUGCAGAACCGCUCCAGCACCCUCCAGCCACCAUCACGCCGGGAGACGGGGAGGACGUGGCUGGGGAGCAGGAGUGGGGACAUCAGGACACCAUCGGGACAUCCUCGGAAAGGGAGCAGGGAGAAGCAGUGUGGCAGCUGAUCCGUGCCACGGAGGCUCCCACGCUGCAGGGCCGAUACAGCCCACGGCACCUGAGCCCCUCGCUGCCCGUGGCGGCCGCAGAGCCGUGUCCCGGUGCCGGCACGAAGGAUGCCCGUCGAGGCGCUGCAAGCCGGUGACACCAUGAAGGGGGUGACGGUGACGGCGCCUUUCACCUCGGCCAUGCCCGUCCGUAUCCUCCGCAAAGGGCCCGCGUAUUUCCGCCGCCACGCCGAGCCGGGGGCCGGCAAGCCCAGCGCGGUGGAGAGGCUGGAGGCCGACAAGGCCAAGUACGUGAAGAGCCAGAAGGUCGCCAGCACCAGGCAGGAGCCGGUGAAGCCACUGCUGCUCAAGCAGCCCCUCUUCACCCCAGGGGUGCGCCGGGCUGUGCUCACCCCCAGCCGCAGGGCACCCCCGGGGCCACGCCGCGCCGAUGCUGCCAGCCCGAAGACCUCCCUUGACCUGGAGAUCCUCAACAACCUCAUCAACCUGUGUGACAGCCCCUUCCCUAAGGCGGAGACCCCGCUGGGCAGGGAGUGCAGGUGGCGGGCGGAAGCGCCAGCGGUGGAGGGGGCUGUCAAGCCACCGGAGAGCCCGGCCACCACCAAGCCCCCCGGCAGUGUGGCCGUGCGGAGGGUGGACGUCCGUCCCUGUGGAGCUCCGCGGAGCCCAGUGACACCGCUGCCAGCAUCCCCCGUCCCAGGCGGGCUGCCUGUGACCCCGUCCCGGAGCUCACCCGCCCGCCCCGAGAGCGCCCGGCGGCAGCCGCUGCUGCACCGCUCCAAGUCGGACCUGAGCGAUCGGCUCUCGAGGGCCACCGCCGACCUGGAGCGCUUCUUCAACUAUUGUGGCCUUGACCCCGAGGAGAUGCAGGACAUGGGGGCUGAGCGCUUCGCCCGCGCCAGCUCUGACAUCGUGUCCCUCAAGUUCCACAGCGUGAGCACGGCCAGCUCGGAGGGUGGCCACUCGCCACCCAGCGCUGCCACGCCGGAGGGACGGCCGGCCGAGCGAGUGCCCUACGGCAUCUCCAUCAUCGAGCGCAACGCCCGUGUCAUCAAGUGGCUCUACGGGCUGCGCCAGGCCAGGGAGCCCCAGCAGGUCUCCGAUGUGUAGCAGUGCCAUGGCAGGCACCGGGGAUGGGUUGCUCAUAAGCGGGCAGUGCUGGACGGGGACAAAGCACAGGCUGUGCCCUGGGAGGAGCAGGGACCUCUUGGUGGUGACAGGACCCUUGAACUCAGCCCUGCUGUGCCACCACAUCACUGGCCUGAUGUGGUGGCCAGGGAUCCAUUGUCAGACCCCUGUGCCAGCCCUGGAGAGCCAGGUCCCUGCAAGCCUCUGGGAAGGCAGAGGACACAUGUCCCUGGGUGUGUGGCUGGUCCUCAACACCCACAGGGCCUCGUGUGGUUGCCCUGCCUGCACUGCUGGCAGCUCCUGCCUGUCCUGCUCCUCACCAACACCCUGGGGUGGGGUGCAAGGGGCUGGUUAUCCCCUGUGUGGAGCAGGGACGCUGCACUGGUGAAGGAGCUGCCCCUUGCAGCCUCCAAGGAAGGGGUCCCACUGUCUGCUGGCCACAUCCUGGUGGUCCCAUCUUCUUGCUGAAGAAAAGCCUGGUGCUUUGAGGGGUGAGGGGGAAACUUGACCCCGUGCUUCAAGCUGCCCAGGGCUGUGUGUCUGUGUGUGUGAGUGUCUGCGGGUGCCUGUGUUCCCCUCCCCAGCUGCCAGUGGGCACGAAGCCCCCACCAUGCUGGGCCUGGUAUUUAUGAAGACAACAGUUCCUAUUUUCUACUCUUUUCCUUAUGUUUGAUCUGUAAAUAAUAAUA